AUGUCGAGCCAGGAAGCAGGUCAUCGAAUAUCUCUAGCCCAGACCUCACGGUCCACUACUCCACGAUCGUCCAAGGAAGAGUCGGAAGUUGAAGCACAGCGACAACCUCAAGGUGGCACUCCAGAAAACGAAGAGAAACUCGCGCCGGCGGCGACGAACAAGACCAUCGACUUUGUCCCAAAUGACCCAGAAAACCCUUUCAAUUGGGACAUCUCAAAGAAAUACCGAGCAUGUAUACUUGCAUGUGCCAUGACUUUCAUUGUCCAGAUCAACGGUACAAUGAUGACAAGUGCAGCCGAGCAGAUCAAUGAGAGUUUCCAUGUCAGCGACGAAGUGUUUCCGCACUCAUAUUGGCCUGUGUUGAGUUGGAACCUUGGCGGUGCAGCAGCACCCCUGGUGGGUCUUCCCUUGAUGGAAGCAUUUGGUGUACGCUGGACUUACUUGGCCAUCUACGCUGUGUUGAUUAUCUUCAUCAUCCCACAAGCUGUAGCUCAAAACUUUGCUACUCUGAUCGUAGUCAGAAUCAUCACUGGUUCGUGUACAGCCACACUAGCGAACAUUACCUCUGGUAUUGUAAGCGAUAUCUGGUACGCCGGUUUGACGAAGAGCUUCUUCACAUCGAUGUACAUUUUUGCGCUCCUUUCCGGACUCAGCAUGGGUCCUGUCUUCGGCAGUCUCGUCGUCCAAUACACCACCUGGCGAUGGAUAUUCAUAGGCCAGAUCAUCUUCUACGCGGCCCUUCUGCCUAUCCUCUUCUUCGCACUCCCCGAAGUCCGUCCAGACGUCAUCCUUCACCAACGCGCCGCCAAGAUCCGCGCAGAAACCGGCCUUGCCGUGCAUACCGCGCAGGAAAAGACAAAAACCAGUCUCAACGACAUUCUCACUGAGACCCUCAUCCGGCCCACCCGACUUCUAUUCACCGAGGGCGUGCUCAUCAGCUUGGGCAUGUGGUCUGCCUUCGUCAUCGGCAUUGCGUUCAUGUUCACGCAGAGUAUUAUGCAGGUCUACCAGGGUCUGUACGGGUGGACGUUUUUCGGCACGGGUAUGGUACAGAGUGCGAUUGUGGUGGGAGAAUUGGUGGGCGUGUUCGCACAAUUGGUCCAAGACAGAGUAUAUUUUGCGAGUGCAAAGCGCAACACUGAAGACCCUGGCAACCCCCUACCGGAAGCAAGGCUGUAUCUCAGCAUUCCAGCAUCGUUUGUUGGACUCACUGGCGGGUUGUUCUUCUUCGCUUGGUCAAGUUUUCCAGAUAUACCAUGGAUUGUGCCAUCAAUCGCGCUAGGCUUCGUCGGAUUCGGCAUGUUUCUAUGUACAGUUGCGUUGACGACGUACAUUGUUGAUGCGUAUGCGAAGUACGCGGCAAGCGCGGUUGCAGGAGUGGCCUUUCUGGAGAAUUUUAUGGCUGCAUUCUUGCCACUGGCGACGCAGAGCAUGUACCGCACACUGGGUUUCAAUUGGGCGAGUAGCUUGUUAGGUUUCAUCGCGUUGGUGCUGAGUUGCAUUCCUGUCGUGUUGAUCAGGUAUGGCAGAAAGCUUAGGGAGAGGAGUCCGUUUAUGGAGGUUGCUGGUCACAACAAAUAG